AUGGCGCCGAGCCGAAGAAGGGGUGUCAGCAAAGCGGCGGCCGCGGCCGCUGCAAGGCGGAAGUGGAAGGUCGGGGAUCUUGUGCUUGCCAAAGUCAAAGGAUUUCCAGCGUGGCCUGCAACUGUGAGCGACCCAGGGAAAUGGGGCUACGCUGCUGAUUAUAAGAAAAUAGUAGUACAAUUUUUCGGUUGUGAGCAAAUUGCUUUCUGUAAUCCAGUGGAUAUAGAAGAAUUCACAGAAGAGAAGAAAGUGUCCUUGUUGGGAAAACGCCAUGGGAAAGGUGCAGAUUUUGUUCGUGCAGCAAAUGAGAUAAUCGAGUGCUACGAAAAGUUAAAGAAACAGGAACAAGUUAGUGGUCCUAACGGUACGGAAACUGAUAUCAUCAAUGAGAACUACUCGCAAGAAUCUGUUGUUGCAUCUAGGAAGGAUGAAGCUCCUGUAGUUAAGGUUGAUCUGCUCUCUGCUGGGACCAUUAAUGAUCUCGACUCUCUAAAUAAAGCUGCUGUAGCUGCUGCCACUGAUGAUGCUUUUGAGAAUAAAAACAUUCAUAAUGCAGUGUUUAACAAAAUACCAGCGUCUACUCCUUAUUUAACAAGAAACAAGACAGAUGUUGCUCGGUCGCGAGACAGUGGCUCAACAAAGAGGAAACCUGUGAGAAGGUUAAGAAGUUCUUCAAGGAUAGAUAAUAGGCUCCAGAGUACAACUCUGCCUUCUGUUAAUAGUAAUAGGUCCACUAGGCGCUUUGGUGCUAGUGCAUCUGACAGAUCUUUGAGAAGAAGUCAGAGGAUUGUCAAGUCGUCUGAUGAGUCUGAUGGGCAGAACAUCGACCCACUUGCUAUUAAAGCAAAUGAUUACGUUGAAGAGAGUAAUUCUGGAACAAUGAGUGUGAACUCUGAUACACUUAGUGUUGAUGAUGGCAGCACUGUCGACUCAGUUAGCAAGCCAGUAGGAGCUGGGGAGCCCACUGCUGAAAAUAAUGAAGGUGAAACAGAGUUAAGUGAUAGACUUGACUUCCAAAGCAACAAUGUUAUGAAGAAGAAGAGGAAGCCUAAUCGCAAAAGACACAACAACGGUGCAGUCGACACAUCGAAACUCAAUAUAGUAGUUUCGGAUGCGGAAGAGACCAAAACUGAACUUGUUUCACCCAGUCUUAGUGAGAAACCAGACCAAAAACAGGCUAAGGAUGAUAGUGAUGAACACUUGCCGCUAGUCAAGAGAGCCAGAGUUCGUAUGGGCAGACCAUCACCGACAGCUGAGGACGAAUUUCCUCCAGUGCAGAGAGAGGAACGAUUGUCUGAAGUUCCUGAAAGAUGCUCUGUGCAGUCCUAUGAGCCCUUGAGUUCCAAGGUGGAGGACCAUGCUAACAAAGAAUCUGUCCCCGUCAAGGAAAAACCUGCUCUUUCGUCAUUAGUGCAUGUAAGUCCUGCUAAUAGGCCCAGCUUUUGGGAAUCAAGAAAGAAUUUUGUGGAUGGGGAAGCUGCUUUACCUCCAUCUAAACGUCUGCAUCGUGCGCUAGAAGCCAUGUCUGCCAAUGUGGCUGAAGAUUGUCAAAGAACUUUCAAUUGUUCACCAGCAGCCAAUAUUCAGAGCAAUGGGUACUGUGCUUCUUCCUCUUUGAAAUGCUAUGAGACGUCUGAGGGAAGGAAAGAAAUGAAAGGGUUAGGGUCUGAAGCUAUGGACGAUCUACCGAAUGGUGAUUCACUAUUGAGUGCUCCGGGGCCAUGCGUUGUGUCAGAUGUAAGAUCAGAAAUUGAUGCAGAAAUUACUACUAGGGUUGUACCAGAGUGUGGUAAAGCUAAUACUAUUGAUGGUAAAGUUAAUACUACUGAUGGUAAAGCUAAUACUACCGUAAGCAAGAAUCCUGAAAUGCACACAGGUUCAGGUGGACAAGCGGAAGGUGAUGAUGAUACCAGAGGUGCAGACAUAUUUCCAUUUGUUGAGGUCCCUGCAGAGACCGACACUAUAGCGGAGGAGGAUCAUUUGAAAACGGAAACAGAAAAUUUAGGUGAUCAGUUGGAUAAUUUAAACUGCAAUGCACCAAGUGCAAUGAUGUCCCCCACUGACCACUGCAUGACUAGAUGCACGGAGUUGAAAGAAGCUGCUAAGGGAUCUGAUUUUGAUAUUCUGCAGAUACCGACAGAUUCUACCUCUAUGCAAGAUAUUGCUGUUUGUAUACCUAAUAUUGACAUUUGUAACCGGCCAGAUGAUAAUGGUGGUGAAGUACACAAGACAAAGGACCUUCCUUCAGUUGAGCAUAACCCAGACAGUAGGAUGUGUGAGUAUGUGGAAGAAACAAGACCAUCGUCAUUAAAUUCGAAAAUUAUGCAACCCGUUACUCCAAUGAAGGUUUUGAAUAGAGGGCAUGUUCAAUCUUCAACUUAUUCGACUUACAUUUCCAAUGAACAUAUGGAGGAUAAAACUGUUUCAGCGACUCAGUCGUCUUCAUCUCUGACUGAUGGGCCAGAAUCUGUUGCAAGAACUUCUCCUCAUAGUUCCUCCAUCUGCCACAUAUCUGCUUUAGAUAAUAAGAGAUCUCUUGUAAAUAACAGUUCCUUCUGUCCUGACGUUCAUUUACAUAUAGAAAAAGCAAAACUUGCUGGAAAGUCUAGCAGCAAAAGUGAAGCUUUGUCUUCCUUUGAAGCCAUCAUCAAAUCUUUGACACGGACAAAAGAGAGCAUAGGUCGAGCUACGCGGAUUGCAAUCGACUGUGCCAAAUUUGGCUUUGCAACUAAGGUGGUGGAAAUACUGGCGCAUAAUUUGGAGACCGAGUCAAGUUUGCCCAAAAAGGUUGACUUAUUUUUCCUUGUUGAUUCUAUCACCCAAUGCUCUCGAGCCAUUAAAGGUGAUGGUGGUGUAUAUCCAUCUGCUAUCCAAGCACUCUUGCCCCGUUUGUUAUUAGCUGCUGCCCCUCCUAGUAGUAGUUCUCAUGAGAAUCAUAGGCAAUGUUUGAAAGUUCUGAAAGUAUGGCAGGAGAGAAAGAUUCUUCCAGAACCGAUAAUUCGCCACCACAUCCGGGAGCUUGAUGCACUUUGUGGUUCAUAUCCUACUAUGGGCUCUAACCGAACCUUGAGAAACGAAAGAGCUUUUGACGAUCCUAUCAGAGAGAUGGAGGGGAUGAUGGUGGAUGAAUACGGGAGCAACUCGAGCAUUCAGCUUCCUGGUUUUUGCAUGCCUCGUAUUCUGGGGGAUGAUGAUGAUGCUGGAAGUGAUUCUGAUGGCGAGAGCUUUGAGGCUGUCACACCAGAGCACAAUGUUGAUAAUCACGAGGGAGAUUCGAAUCCGGUUCAUGCAGUUGAAAAGCGUCGGCAUAUUUUGGAAGAUGUCGAUGGCGAGCUUGAAAUGGAAGAUGUAGCUCCCUGCUGUGAAGAUGAGAUUGCUUCCACGAGUAAUUUUGUUGGACUCGAUAAAUCACAAAUGACCCAUCAUCAACCUAAGGAUGUACCCCCACCCCCACCUCCACCUCCACCUCCGCCACCUCAUCCACUUCCGCCUUCUGCUUUUCCUCUUCAGCUGCCUGAUUCUAUUCCGGUUGGCCCUGAUUCUAAGCCCUAUUCGAGUUCUCAGAAUUAUAGUGUCAAUUUUCGAGAGCCCACGAGUGUGGAUCAUCAUGUGCACCAUCGUGUUCGUGAAAACAAGGAUUAUGAAGCUGAGGUUCCUAGACACGUGCCUGACAAUGGUUGUUUUAGCGAUCGACAUACCUCUCGAUUUUCUAGUAGAACUUGUGGUAGCGAGCAGCCGAAUGAUGGAUAUGGCAAGAGCUUUCAUUUACGGCCUCCUCAUCCUGCCCCCUCAAAUCAGUUCUCGUAUGUGCAAGAACAGCGGGUCCAGUCGCGGAGGGAUGCUCCACCGCCUUCACGUCCCAACAGAUUCCAUUCUCGUAAUUCGGACAAUGGGAACUUUUACAGGGACCGUGACAGAAAUAAGUAUGUCCAACGCGAUAAUAUUGGAGAGGGCUGGAGGCCUCCAUAUCCAUCCAUCUCGGGUCAAUGCUAUCCUGACGAAUCCAGGAUGGCUAAUGGGCCCAUGCCGUAUGGUGGGCCACCUCGAGAGCCACCGGGCCCACACAAUAGGUGGAAUUACCCUUCGCGGCCCAUGAACCACAGGCAUUUCAAUCCUUACAGGCCACCUUCUGAAGGACCUAUACCUGUGGCGAAUAGAGGCCCAUAUUGGAGGCCAAGAUGA